AUGGCAUUCGAACAGAAAUCUUUCAAACUCAACACAGGUGCCCAUAUUCCAGCGAUUGGACUGGGUACCUGGCAAGAUGAAGAUGCACAAGAGCAAGCAGUUCUAACCGCGCUUCAUGCCGGAUAUCGUCACAUUGACACAGCGCGAUGCUAUGGCACCGAGAAAGCUGUGGGAACUGCCAUCAAAAAGAGUGGUAUUCCUCGUGACCAGAUCUUUGUCACAAGCAAACUGUGGAACAACAGGCACCAUCCCGACGAUGUCGCCCUCGCUUUGCAGGAAUCGCUUGACGAUCUUGGUCUGGAUUAUCUUGACCUUUUCUUGAUGCAUUGGCCAGUCGCGUUCAAGCGGGGAGAUGACCCUUUCCCCAAGGAUAGAGAUGGAAAGCUCAUCACAGAGAACAUUGACUAUAUCGAUACAUACAAAGCCAUGGAAGAUACUAUUCCAUCUGGAAAAACUCGAGCGAUCGGCGUAUCCAACUUCUCGCGCAAGGAGAUAGAGCGCCUGCUCGCAAACAGUCGCACUGUUCCAGCAGUCCAUCAACUCGAAAUUCAUCCCUGGCUUCAACAACGGAAGUUCGCCGAAUUCCUCAAAGAGAAAGGAAUUCAUGUGACCCAAUACUCGCCCCUGGGUAAUCAAAAUGCACUCUACGGCGGCCGUGACGACGUUGGCAGGGUUGUGGAAGCCGACACUUUGAAGAAGAUUGGCCAAAAGCACGGUAGAAGUGGAGCUCAAAUCGCACUUGGCUGGGGUAUCUCGCAGGGCCACUCAGUGAUUCCAAAAUCAAAGACACAGGCUCGAAUCCACGAAAACCUGCGUGCAGUUGUUGAGCUUAGCCCGGAGGAUAUUAGUGAGAUCAACGCAAUUGACAGGAAGAUGCGCUUCAAUGACUCCAGCCAAGAUUUCGGCUAUGAGCUCUUCGCGGAUUUGGAUGGGAAAUAA